AUGAGAUUUAAAAAAUCUAUUGAUAUAUCUAAAUCAGUUACAUUCCAUGAUUUUUGUGCUAUUUCUGAGGAAGAACAAGAGACAUUUGAUAAUUUAAAAAAAUCUAAUGGAGAAAAUAGUUCAUUAACAGAGUCACCUAUUAAAGAGAUCUCAGAAGAGGGAGAAGAAAUUUCAGCUUCACCAUUAAAUUCAUUCUCAUCAUGGUUACAAUUUUUUAUGUUUAAAAAAAAAAGACAUUCAUACAAUAUUAAAUCACUAAUAAUAGUACAUGAAACAACAGCAUUAGGUUGUGAUGAAAAUGGUAUUGAAGAUGAAGAAAAUAGUAUAGAAAUAUCACCAUGUUCAAGUGAUCAAACUUCAUCAUUAUCAUCGGGUCAACCAUCAAGUCAUGAAGAUACAUCAUUUUCAAAGACAACAGCUUAUCAAGGUAAACAACGUUAUAUACCAAAUAUUAAGAUGCGCCAAAAAACAAACAGAAAAUGGAGUGAACAAGAUAUACAAAAACGUUUAUCAUUACCUCCUGAUAUAAAAUUACCAUUAAAUGUUGUUGAAAAAUUAAAUAGAACACCAACAUUAGAUCAACCAUUAACAAGAAAAAGUAGACGAGCAUCAUUAAGUGAAAUAGGUUUUGGAAAAUUAGAAACUUAUCAAAAAAUUAUAGGACUUGGUGAGGGUACCUAUGCAACUGUAUAUCUUGGUAAAUCAUUAUUAACGGGAAAAAGUGUUGCACUUAAAGAAAUACGUUUAGAACCUGAAGAAGGUGCUCCAUGUACAGCUAUUAGAGAAGUAUCAUUAUUAAGAAAUUUAAAACAUGCAAAUGUUGUUACAUUACAUGAUAUUGUUUAUACUGAUCGGGUUUUAACACUUGUAUUUGAAUUUGUAGAACGUGAUCUUAGAUUUUAUAUGGAAGAAGUUAAUAACCAAAUUAGUAUUGAUAAUUGUCGUCUAUUUCUUAUACAAUUAUUAAGAGGUUUAACAUAUUGUCAUAAAAGAAAAAUUCUUCAUCGUGAUUUAAAACCUCAAAAUCUUUUAAUUAAUAGAAAUGGUGAAUUAAAAUUAGCUGAUUUUGGUUUAGCACGUGCAAAAUCUGUACCAACAAAAACAUAUUCAAAUGAGGUUGUAACUUUAUGGUAUAGACCACCAGAUGUUUUAUUUGGAUCAACUGACUAUUCAACACAUAUUGAUAUGUGGGGUGUUGGUUGUAUAUUAUAUGAAAUGAUUGUUGGUAAAGCUAUGUUUCCAGGAACAUGUGCUAAUGAUCAAUUAUCAUUAAUAUUUAAAAAAUUAGGACUUCCAAAUUGUGAAAAUGGAGCAUCUUUUAUUGAAUGUCCCAAAUAUAAAGAAAUUGAAGAUAAUGUUAAAUUAUUAUUACGAGCUGAGGAACGUUAUAAUGGUCAAAAUAAAAAAGUAUAUACUUGUGAAAAAAUGUUACAACAUUCAUCACAUAGACUAUGUAAAGAUAGUAUAGAUUUAUUAAGUAAAUUAUUAAGGGUAUGUUAUCAUUCUUAUCAUAAAAAUUUAAUACUUUUAAAUUAA